AUGAUAUAUAUAUAUGUACAUGUAGGUAAUGCAUAUCAUGUAAUUUAUAUAUUGGAUGAAAUACAUAUAUGCAUUUCAAAUCUUCUUAUUUUACGUAUUCGACUCUACAAGAACAAUAUAAUUAAUAAAUGCUUUCUUCUGCGUGAGAGUGAGCAUAUUCGUUACUAUGAAUAUAUAUUAAGAUGA